AUGAGCCGCUGGUUCAGACGUGCGGGUAAGCCCCAGGCGCCAAUGAUUGCACGCAUGGAAGAAGCACACCUUCAACAGGUUGAAGACGCACUACUACUAUUACUCAAUGACGACAUUGAUACAGCCGAGCAAAUGCUCAAGAGUGGAGAGUCAGCCUAUCAUUUUGCUGGAAGAGGGAUUUCGGCAUUUAUAGGCUCUAUGCUAGGUGCGGAGGAAGAUUCUCUGCAAGAUGCAGCAGCUGUCCUUCAAAGCGCAGAGAAUAAGGCAUGGGAGGACCUGAGAAGAGCCCAGAACGAAUCGACUGCCUUUAGAUCCAACAUAUAUCCAGCUGGAACAGAAUACCUACUCUGCGGAAUAGUAUCGCAAUUGACUGGGGCCAUCUGUGCUGUCAUGAGUGGAAGUGUUGUACAAGCAGUUAGUGGCUUUACUAAACUUCGAAAAGCUUUUGUCACACUCGACAGUAUUAUCGAAACCGAGAAGGCCUACUCAAGUCGACCAGAAUAUUAUGAACCUGUAGUACCGGACACAAUACUUCCAAGUAAUCAAAAGGCAUCGAAGCAUAAAGCAGCCGGCGAACAAAGUCUCAAGGAUGACAGCAUUGUUACUGUCCAAAUCUCAGAUGGUUCCGACGCUAAUUUGCUAAGUAUCUCCUGCCCUACAGAUAUUUUCAUACAUUCGGGGGUGAGGCUUUGUUAUGGUAUUCUUCUAGUAGUAUUUAGCAUGAUUGAGAAUCCAGUAUUUGCAAAAGUACUUUAUAUUGUUGGAUUUAAGGGAGAUCGAGAGCGUGGUAUCCGCUACCUUUGGCAAGCCUGCAAUUCACAAAAUUUUAACGGUGCAAUUGCUGGUGUUUCGAUUCUUAUGUACUACAGUGGCCUUGUUGGGUAUUGUGAUAUUCUUCCUACCGACUCAGGAGCAGAUGAUAACAUAUCCGGGUUCCCUCUAGCUAGAUCUAAGCGUCUUCUUGCUGAGAUGUGCGAACGAUACCCAUCUUCAAAGUUGUGGAGGCUAGAAGAAGCACGCAUGCAAGGAUUUGAAAGAAACCUUGCUGGCGCCAUUAGAAUCUUGGCGGAAAAUUCAAAUAGCAACAUGAAACAGAUUGCAAUCAUCAACACAUUCGAGCUUUCUAUGAAUGCAAUGUUCCACCACGACUACGACCUCAUGGCAAAGAGCUGGAGGCAAUGUGAUAGUCUUAGUAAAUGGUCACCUACCUUGUACGCUUUCCUUGCAGGGGUUGCUUACCUGGAGCUGUACCGAAACACUCGCAAGGGGGACUACGCUUCUGCUGAGAAGUUCAAAAACAAGGCAACAAAUUACCUCCGGAAAGGCCCCCCAUUGGCCGGUAGACAAAAGCUCAUGUCUAAGCAGCUACCUUUUGAUGCAUACAUAGUACGAAAAUGCCAAAAAUGGGAAGAACGUGCUAAAAACUGGGGUAUUGACCUUGUCGAUGCUAUUGGUGUUUCGCCUUUAGGGGAAAUGAUCUACCUUUGGGGCGGCACUAAGAAGCAGAAUCCAGAUGAGCUGAAACAAUCAAUGAAAAUUAUAGCGUGGGAGAGAAGCACCUCCGCAGAAAAGAAUCAAAAUAAUCUGGAUGAGACAGCCAUUCAUUCUUUACUUCAAGCAUCAAUAUUGAGGAACUUGGAGAAAUACAAUGAAGCAAGGGAAGUCUUAGAGAAAAAUAUACUCUGCUAUGAAAUGCAUGAUUUCAGAGGACAUCUGAAAGAUGAUUGGACUUAUCCUAAUGCACUCUACGAAAUGGCAUGUAUUGCGUGGCAGGAGAAAGACAUUAAAGGCCAAGAUCACAACGCCAAAACUCUGGAGUGUAGUCACUGGAUAGAAAAGAUACAGAAACUGAGUGAUCCGUUUGUUUUGGAUACACGUUUAAGUAUGAAAGUAAUGACAAGUGUGGCAACUCUUAAACGGCACAAGCUAAUUCUAGGUAUCAAAUCCUGA